UAAGUGAUUUGCGAGCGCCUGUCCCUGCGCUGGCUGGCAUGCUGUAGUCAGACACAAUGGAUAGGCUGUGGACACUUUAAUACGGUAUUACGGCAGCACGGUCCAGUCUCAUGUACUGAUUGAAUUACUACUAACAGCAAUGCGAGAAUGAGUUCAUCGUGCCGAAUUUGAAAACCGUCUUUCUUUGCAUAGCUAACCCCAAUCUAUGUCCUUGGUAGCCAACAUAUUUCCUUGCUUGCUUCCUUUACAGAUACUAACGUUGCAAUUUUCAGACAAGUGCACGGAUUUUUAGGACUAUGGAAUUCCCGUUUGAUAUAAAUGUCCUUUUCCCUGACCGAAUUACGGUGCUGGAUCAAAAUCUGACGACAGGUCGAAAAUUUCUAGGAAGACCAGACCAUCAGCAUCAAAUAGCCACAGUUAUAGAUGAACUAGGAAAAGCAUCGGCUAAGGCCCAGGACCUGGCUGCCCCCAUCACCAGCGCUGAGAAACUGCAGUCGAACCGGCACUUUCUUUACCUGCUGAAAAACGGGGAGGGAAAUGGGGGUCGUGGUGUAGCCGUGGGCUAUCUGAAGGUCGGAUUUAAGAACCUUUUUCUCUUGGACCAGUGGGGGGCGCACGUGGAGACGGAGCCGCUUUGCGUUCUGGACUUCUUCAUCGCGGAGAGAAUGCAGAGGCACGGCUACGGCCUUGAGCUCUUCCGCUCCAUGCUCCGGAACAAAAGGGCUGACCCCGUGCAGCUGGCCUAUGACAGACCUUCUCCCAAAUUCCUCUCCUUCCUGGAAAAGCACUGCGGUCUGAAAGAUGGCGUACCUCAGGUGAACAACUUUGUAGUGUUCGAUGGAUUCUUCCGGAACCAUUCAGCCGUCCCGGUCCGCAAGGUUCCCCCGAAGAAACCAGAGGGAGAAAUCAAGCCGUACUCGCUGACGGAGAGAGAGGCUCUGCGGGAGGAACAGAAGGCCCUGCCCUGGCCCUUCGCUCGACCCCAGGCUCCGCCUCACUCCCCUCCCCUCUCCCAGAACUCUGCCUACUCCCGCUCCCUCAGCGUGGGAUCCUCCCCCACCCGGGCCCCUUUGCGCCUGACUCCAGCUUCUGGGGCCUACAGGGGCCAGGCGCCACAAAACCAGCUCAUAGACGGUGUGAACUACAGAGCGAGACGUACCAGAGAACAGGGCCUGGUUGCCCGGGGAAACCACUGCAGUCGCCGUCUCGACGACGGAGGCUGCGGCCUGCCGCCGGAGGGCCUGCCGCCGGAGGGCCUGCCGCCGGAGGGCCGGCCGAACAUCCUCAAGCUGCCCGGUCUGCAGCCGGUGCAGAGAGGGGGAGAGGCUGACAUAGGGCUCCGGGAACCUACCUCGGGACACACAGACAUACGCAGGUAUGCUAUGGCAGAACCCACUGGGGCGCUGUAGACCCCAACCAGCGGCAUGAUGGGGCCACAACUAUGGGUGAUUCUAAGAGGGGGCAUAAUUCAUACAGAGGGGUCAAUCUUACCAUUAACCCAUGUUUUGUUUUGAAUCAGUGAGUGGCAGGGGAGGGAGCACUCUGCAAGCCAAUCAGCUUUCAAUGCCCCUGUGGUCCCGCCCUCUGUAUACACCCCUGUGCAUCCAGGAACAUUAAUGUGUGACAGAACCGCAGCUGGUCCGAGUCUCAGCUGGGUUGUUAAACACAGUCAUAGGAUAGGCACCCAGCUGCAGAACAGCACGGCCUCGGGUUCUGUGGGGCUGACGUAGGAUGUUUUAUAAUAAACACUCGCGUAAUUCUGUCUGUCACCAGUGUUCACACACUUGCUGCAGGGCUCAUGGAUUCACGGCUGUGGUGUCUUAUCCACGGGCUGGGCCCAGGUUUCUCCAUGGGUACUGGCUGGAUCUCGGAAACCGGUCUCUGGGAAUAACAUUUUUCACGGCUCGAGGGAAAUAUCUGUGCUGGGAAAAAGAUCAGUACCAGAUAUUCCAGUUCUGGCUUCCAGAGACACAGGUUUUGCAAAAAAUGAAAGCCAAGCCAGAUCCGGAGGCGGGAACAGCACAGUGCUCUGCUUUCGCUCACGACAUCAUAACGAACACUGCGGCAUGGAUGCAAUUAAAAUAACAUGAAAUGAAUGAGCCCUGGGUGGAGGCCCUUGUUUUGGUCUGAGACACUGUCUUCUGCAGUGUACCAGCGUGUCACUUUGCAGGGAGAAUUCAGUGUGCGGUCUUUGUGUUCCCGUUAGCCUUUCUCCUGCCGCCAGCUGCUUUUCCGUUUGCUGCCAGUGACACUGCCUCUCUCUCAUUGUCUCUCUGCCUCUCUCUCAUUGUCUCUCUGUCCCUCAUUGUCUCUCUGUCUGUCUCUCAUUGUCUCUCUGUCUCUGUCUCUCAUUGUCUCUCUGUCCCUCAUUGUCUCUGUCUCUCAUUGUCUCUCUGUCUCUGUCUCUCAUUGUCUCUCUGCCUCUCUCUCAUUGUCUCUCUGUCCCUCAUUGUCUCUCUGUCUCUGUCUCACAUUGUCUCUCUGCCUCUCUCUCUUUCUCUCUGUUUCUCAUUGUCUCUGUCUCUCUUUCUCUCUCUUACUGUCUCUCUCUCUUUCUCUCUCUUACUGUCUCUGUCGCUCUCUUCCUCUGUGGAUUGGUACCUCCCACACACCCACACAUUCUUGUACAUCACUGGCCUCCAGUAUCCCUGAGGAGGUCCAGACUGCCUUUUCCUUCCUCUUCUGCUACAGGCUGCACCUUGUCUUCCUUUUCAAAUGGUCUUUUAAAGAAGAGGAAUGAAAUUUUCUCUUUCCAUCUCUCUCUUCCAUUCCCCCUCCUACUUCCGAUCAGAGCUCCAUCUCAGGCCCUGCCCCUCACCCUCCCCCCCCUCCCCCUUUCCAGGAAAGAUUCACGCUAUACUCAGACCCCCUUAGCUCCUGGGGAGAGGACAAGGAGCAAAGAAGCACGGCAGCCAGAUGGGGAAGGUGG